CGCGCCGGCCUCACCGCGCGCGACCGCCCGCGCGCGCGCCGAGCGCGAGCGCGCGAUGCGCGUCGCCGUUUGCGCGCGCGCGCGCGCGACGCGCGUCGCGCGCGGCGGCGCCAGCGCGUCGAGACCGCCGACCGGUCGAGUUUCAGUCCCGCGCGCGACGCCGCGCCCUGGCCGCGCGAACGCGUCUCGAGCGAUCGUGAUCGCGCGCGCGCGCUCGAGCGCAUCGUCCCUGGCGCCGGCGACGACGCGGGCGCCGAUCGAGACGAUGGAUGCGUACGUCGCGCGCGUGGCGGAUUUCGUCCCGCCCGCGGCGUUCGCGGCGACGCUCGGCGCGUUCGCGUUCACGGCGAUUGGAUUCAUGCUCGGGUGUCUGCUGACGCUCAGAGAGCUCGUGCGCGCGUGUCGCGAGGCGACGCUGGCGUCGCGAGCGGUGCGGAACUGUGCGAAUUCGAUAGAGGUGUCGUGCGCGAGCGUGGAUAGGUGCACGAAGAACAUCGACGCGACGUGCGCCAAGGUGGACGAUUUCCUCGAGCAAGCGAACACGAUCGGGACGACGACGUCGAAUAUUCUGACCGAGGCCGGGUUGUUGCAGCGACGGGUGUCGGAGCUGCCGAACGCGCUUUUGGGGUCGCUCGGGGAUUCGGCGGAGGACCCGAGGUCGCGAUCGUUCCUCGCGGCGCGAGGCGCCGACGGCGCGGAACUCGCGGCGGAGAUGGCGCGACGAGAUAUCGUGCUAGGAAAAGAAAUCACGGGGAGGAGGUUAGGGAACGGGUGGAUCGGGUCGACGAUGCAUCGGUUCUUUUUUUCAAGAGAUAAUACUUUUAGCGUCGGCGAAUACGUCGCGGUGAAGCGAUCGAAUAAUAUGUACACGUGGGGCGUCGUCGAGGCGGGUGAUUCAGACGAAAGCGAGGACGGCAAGGGAGUGGACGGCACGGAGUCGUCGAGCAAUAGCGCGGUGGACGUCUCGCAGGCAGAACCCGCGGUGUGCGAGUGGCCGCCGCGCGAUUAUCCCGCGGAAGCCGCGGCGAAGGAGAUCGAAGAGGCAAACAAAAUCACGCCCAUGAAGGUGUUCAAGGCGCUCAUUCGCAUGCCGUUGCCAAAGAACUUGGGCGAACCUGAGAGGCAGUAUCGCGUCGUCGUUGAAGUGGAUAGAGAUUUGUACCGUUUCAAGUACGUCGACGCGUCGCUGUUGGGCAAACGAUACUGA